UCGGCAAUCCUGCAGAUAGUUUGAAUUAUUCUUAUUUUAUGAAUUGAUUCCAAUUAGUGAUGUGAUAGUUCAGUUAUUCAUCUGUAUAGCCUGAAAAUUUCAGAGUUUUCAAAAAGUUUCGUAACAGUUCAGUUGGACAGCCUGAAUUUUACGAGGAAAACAAGGAGGGACCGAUAAAUCUUGAAUCAAAAUCUAAUCGUACAGAUCAGAUAGAAUGUCAGCCAUGUUUCAGUUAGAAUAGAAGGUAGCAAGUUACAAUAAUGUUGGCAAUUAAUAUUUUGCAAUUAGCUUUCUCAAAUUUCAGCCAGCUCACUUAAUGAACACACUACAUUUUAUGUGCGUGUUAUGGAUUGUAAACUAUCAAUAUGACAGUCGAUUUUAGUGAUUACUUUUGGGGUGACAAAAAUAAUGGCUUUGAUGUGUUGUAUCAUAAUAUGAAAUAUGGGCUGGUGGCCAGUAAAGAAUUGACAGAGUUUCUUCGUGAAAGGUCUAAUAUCGAAGAGAAUAAUAGCAAAUUACUUGGGAAACUAGCUAAACAAGCCGGUGGAGGAUGUAUGCAGGGUACAUUCGCGCCUUUAUGGCAGGUGCUUCGUUCAACAGCUGAAAAGUUGGCUUCCAUUCAUCUGCAGAUGGUACAGAAGGUUGCUGACUUGGUCAAAGAUGUUUCAAAGUAUGCUGAUGAAUUGCAAAAGAAACAUAAGACGGUGAAAGAUGAGGAGGGUGGUACACUGGAAGUUGUUCAGGCGAUUCAGUCAACAUCUGCAACUCUCCAGAAAGCGAAAGAUACCUACAAUCAAAAAGUAAUUGAAUAUGAAAAAUUGAAAAGAGAAAAUGCUUCACCUAGGGACUUGGAAAAAGCGGAAGUUAAGCUUAGGAAAGCCCAAGAAGACUAUAAAGCACUUGUGGAGAAAUACAGUGUGGUCAAAGAAGACUUUGAAAAGAAGAUGUCUCAAGCUUGCAAGCAUUUCCAAGAAGUGGAAGAGGACCAUCUGAAGCACAUGAAAGAGUUCCUGAACACCUAUGCUGAUUUAGUUGAAGCCAAUCAUGAUCUAAUUGGACAAGUUCAUGUAGAUUUUAAACGACAAUGCUUGGAAAUGACAGUAGAAAACCUACUUGAGCAAUUUGUUCGAAACAAGUAUACUGGAGUUGACAAACCAGGUGCAAAGGAGUUAGAGGAGGUGAACAUUGGGUUGAUUGGUGAUGGCAGCCUGAUAGCUGCAAGCCGCGAACCCGGCGACAGGCUCCCCAGCAGCAGCAGUCUAGGCAACACGGCAAGCGGCAACUCGGAAACCAUCAUCAACAGAAUGAAACGCGAAGGGCAGGGACAAGCUCCCAACAGGCAAUCAAGCGACUCUCUCUCCCCAACAAUUUCCUAUUCUAGUCUCACCGCUUGGACUACAGGGUUUUUGAAAAGCAGGAGGAAGCGUAAAGAAAAAACAGCGAAGAAGAAGAAAGACGGCACACCUGACAAUGCUAGUAAUAAGGAUGAUAAAUCUGACAAUGAAGAAAAAGAAGACACAGGAAAUAAAUCUAAAACACCGACACCAGAUGUUGACGAUGAAGGAUAUUGCAUCAGGCCUAAGAUUGAAAACUGGGAAAACGACAAGAACAGCUUCUAUUCUAGUUCAGAUACUGAUUCGGACGAUGAAAGAGAACGUAAAAUCCAUGUAGAAAUUAAGCCAUUGAGCACAGGAGCCGGUCCAAUGAGUGCUAGUGUGGACGAACUACGCGCCACUGUUGAAAAUCUCUCUCUUUGUCCCAUUGCUAUUCUACCGGUGGGGCAAAACCUCGCAGAAAAGGUAAAUUCUAGAGGUGAUUAUAUUAUUAAUGAUGAAGACUAUUGUUCGAAUACCGAAUUCCUCUUCAAAGAGGUUACUGAUAAUGAUAUUUUGCGCACUGUUUUAGAACUGAGAGGAAUGACUGCACCGGGUCAUGAUGGUAUAUCUACUAAAAUUUUUAAACAACAUAUAAAAUUAUUCGUAAAGCCUCUAAAGUACAUAUACAACAUGAGUAUCUCACAAGGCAUCUUUCCAGAUACUUUUAAGAUAGCCAAACAUUUUCCACUGUUCAAAAAUGGAGAUAAGUCUGAAAAGAGUAACUAUAGACCGAUUUCUUUGUUAAGUGUUUUUUCUAAAGUUUUGGAAAAAAUAGUUAAACAUCAAUUGAGUGAUUACAUUGAAACCAACAACAUUCUAACUAGCAAACAGUUCGGUUUCAGGAAAAAAAAUUCUGAUGCUCUUUUCAGCCUGACGCAAGAGAUUGAUCAGGCUUCAAGUUAUCUACCUCUGUCCAAGAAGGUGAACAGUGACCUGGUGGAUUUGAACUUGUUUCAAAGCGCAACCGGGUCAAGUGCUUCGACUCCAACCUCCAGUCAUCCGUACGCGCCACUGCAGAGUCCAACCCUCAUUAAUCCGGCACCCCCACCCCCUGUUUCGGCUCCACCAACAUCGUGCUAUGCAGAUUUGGGAGAUAUAUUCUCAGAAGUUGGAGAAAUUCAAGCGUUGCCUACAAAGCAUGGGCCUGGAAUGUCGAGGCAAAUUCCUACACCAACCAGUUCUAUAGUUAUUCCUAGACCACCUUCCAGAAGAGGAGAGGGAAGGGGACGCAUCAGUCCUUCAGCCUCGACGCAGGGGGCUGGGGGCAUCAUAGCUCGUGCAGACAGCAUUGGUAGCCUCGGUAGUCUUGAGUUUCGCACGGCUGGUGUCUCCAUCGGUUCUUCCCGCGGUCCCUCCCCGCUCACCAUCGGCAUGGCUGACACCAUUCCUCUCGCCGUUGCAUUCCACGAAAUCAUACAUUCUUACUUUAGAGGCACAGAUGAAACUAAGUGUCAAGUGAAGCUGUCAGGAGAUAUGAUGGUUUCGUUUCCAGCAGGCAUUGUGGCUGUUCUCGCUAAUAAUCCUAACCCGGCUCAAUUAACUUUCCGUGUUCGCAACUCUGGCAAACUGGAGAAUGUUCUUCCAAACACGCAACUUGUUAGUUUAGAUAGUUCGCAGACUACAAAUGAAAACAGUGUGUAUGACUUCAAUAUGUGUGCCUUGACAUCUCUGUUGAGAAGGCAGUCCGAACAGAAUCCUAGCGCCUCCUAUUUCAAUGUUGAUAUACUCAAAUAUCAGAUAAAAUCGAAGUGUGGAGCGGGGUCGUGUCCUUUCCAGUUGGUGGCUUACUGGAAGUGUGAGACUAAUCAAACCGAUUUAAAAAUAGAUUAUAAAUACAAUAGUCAUGCCAUGGCAUCCCCGUCGCCACUCCUAAAUCUUACAGUAACUGUUCCUGUCAAUGGUAAUGUCAAGAGUGUGCAGUCGAAACCUACUGCUCAUUGGAUUAAUGAUAGUCAAAGAGCUGUUUGGAAACUGACAGAGUUAUCACAGCAUUCAGAGAACCACGGAGUGGGCUCACUACGCGCGCGCUGUGAGGUGAGCGAUGGGCCCAGUUCGCAGAACACAAUAUCGGCGCAGUUUAACUGUGAGGGGACCACCCUUUCAGGGGCCGAAUUCGAGCUCAUUGGUGCCGGGUAUAGACUGUCUCUUGUCAAGCGGCGAUUUGUCUCAGGAAAGUACAUUUGUGAUGGCGACUUGUUGCGCUAUACUCCAAAGAGAGCAAGCUCCCCUUCAUCUUAAAGGGGUCGCUCAAGGAGUCUGAAGACAGCUGGCAUUAAGAUAAAAACGUUUGACAGCAUAGUCCUAGUAUGCAAUACAAUUAAAAAUCAAUCAUAUAAGCUUAGUCAAUCGAAAUCUAUUGAUUAUUAUUCGGUUAUAAUGACGAUUAUUUUCCCAAGACAUCUGCACUGAUACAUAAUUGUAAUCCGUAGGCGACAACAUAAAUAGAAUAAGUUGAAUAUACUAAGCGAACUGAUUCUAAAUGAGUGGACAAGUUGCGAUAGAAACUAAGAAAUACUGUCUACUUCAUGUAGCUCUGAUGCAAAACAAAAAUACUAUUUACUGUAUGUAGAUCUGAAAACCAAAAGGCUUCAUCUUGGUUUCCAUUGUUAACUGUUUCGCUAAAUAUAUUAUAUAAUAAAUUAUAUUAUUGUUUAUAUAUAUAUAUAUAUAUAUAUAUAUAUAUAUAUAUUAUAUAUAUAUAUAUAUAUAUAUUAUAUCGUGUUACUCGAUUGCCAGUUAUGAAACUGAUAAGCAGUUUUAUAUUAAGUGUAUUAAUGUGAUAUGAAAUAUGGAUUUCAUAGAAGUGAAGUGGUUAAUUUUUAUUGUUGUAAAUAGUCUGAUGUUAAAUAUUAAUUAUCCACCGUGAAGCUUUGCAAUUUUAAAGUGAAUUUUAAUUACAAUAGAGUCUCGGCUAUCCGACCUGAACUAGAAAGGUUUGUUAACAUUGUAAAUCAUACAAACAACGUUGAAAUUAUAAAAUGUUAUUUCACUUGAAUCAUUUUUUAUCACUUACGUAAUAAAUUAUGUAAGAAAUCAAUUACAUUCAACUAUAAAAAAAAUUUGGAAUAUAGUUUUUAAAUGAUUGUAUAUUAUUUUGAAUCAGUAAGCACACACAUUUAUUUCGAAACUUGGUUAAAAUGUGGUUGAUUGAUAAAAGAGUUGAAUCUGGUUGGAUAAUCCAGACUAUUGUACUUUAUUCCAUUGGAAUAAUAAUGAUGUCCAUUUUCUAUUGCUUCCAAUUCGUACUUCAAUGAUGACAAUGAAGUUCAACUAUAAUUUACAUUGUAAUAUAUUUUCGAAUGAAUUGUUUAUCCUAGGGUAUACAUUUUUGCACAGGACUACUAUUAUAGGUUUAAGAAGUUCCACAAAAGACUUUGUUUCCUGCUAUAACCUAGUUCACAUAAAUAAUGUUUCCUACUGCGUACUUGAGCAAUAAUGUCAAAUAAUAAGCAUUAACGUGUUUAUGAAUUGAAUAACUUGCUGUAAGACACUUCAAUUUAUGGGAAUUUGUUUUGGAAUCUCCAAUUCCAUUACUUAUUUACUUACUGUAUUUCAAUAGAGAACUCUCAACUUCCGUUGAUUUAGGAUUGGUGCUACAUACAGUAUAACAAUAUAUUUUUCCUACAGUUACCUUGAAAAGUGGCCAUUCCUGCACUGAUUACAGAACGCAAAGAAUCAAUUUUCCCCUCUAGUGCGGGAAAAAAUUUUUCUGCACUCCAGAUUUGCAACAUGGCAACACAAAAUAGUUGGUGGGUUAUAUGGAGGAUUAGUGCAGGAAAACAAAAAUUAAGUUGGUAACAAUGACUGUGGUUAGAUUUAGAUAAAGAAUCAUUUCAAUGGCUACCCUACAUUCAUGAUAAAAUCCCAAUCUAGAAAUCCAAAACAAGAAUAAUGUUUAUCUAAAUCAUAAUUAAAUAAUAACUUCUCAUCAUUUAAUAAUAAAUAAUGUUUAUUUUCUAUUGACAGUAAUAAUUAUUUCAACUCCAAGCAAUGAGAAAUGUAGCAAACACACAUUUUGAAAUUCAAAUUUUCAGGUUAAAUAAUUACCGUUCGAAAUCCAUGUCAAUAAAAUUAAUAAAAUAACAUUAGAAUAUACUACAAUCAAAUAUUUUCUAUUGUCUAUGUUAUUUUAUAAAUAUUUUUUAGUUUACUUAUAGUAUUUUUCGGUAAUUCUAGUUAAUCAUAAUUCUAAAUAUCUAAAUACUGUUUUUAGCUGGAUGAAACGAAGUUAGGUACGAUUCUUCCCGCUAGGUCGCGCACUUGUCGGUUCAGCCAUUUUGCAGCCAUCCGAACAAGCUGUUGGCGUGUAUUUUGAAUGCAAUUUUUUUGUUUUAUCUGUAUUUUUUCUGAUUCUUGAAUGAAUAAAAAUGAGAACUUUGGCUGAGAAUUUUCAACUUCAAUUGGAUUAUUAAUUUUUAAAUGAAUAAAGGUUGUUAUUAAUAACAGCAUCACACACACAAACAUUUGAUGGAUUUCAGCCAUCAUUUUAUCCAUAAUUACCCACUUUUCAUAUUCAAUGGUAACUGUAGGAAAAAUUUAAUGUGAAAUACGUGCGCAAAGUUCCUCUGCUGCACUCAAGAAGCCAUUCCGCCCUCGCCUACGGCUCGGGCGUAAACGUUUCUUUUGGUGCAGCAAACUAUCACUUUGUGCACUAGUUGCACAAAUAACUGAUUAAUGCAGUGAAUUUGCAUUUUUUCACUAAAUCACCCCUUAGUAUUUUAUGUGUUGUAAACGUGGAAUAUAAUUUGAGUUUAUUGUUUCUUAGUCUAAUGUUUUUUACGAGUAUGAAAGAAACUUUUUAGCAACUCACAAGAAAAUAUACAUUUACAAUUAUCGCUUCUCAGUAUUCACAAUUUGUUAUCUUGGUCAAGGUCAAUCGAUGUAAUUAUAAAAACAUAAAAGUAAAUUUUCGGGUUGAAAUAUUAUUAGGUAUUCAAUAAAUCUCGUAGUAAAUAUUCGAAUUAUAUAAAAUGUCCGAACCUGGAGAUUUCUCAAACUAAAUUUUAAUCAAUUGAUUGAUACAUGAAAGAGACUGUGAACAAAGUAGGCUUCACUAUGCAAACUUUGAAUAAUAUCUAAAAUAGUUUGAUAUAAAAAGAUCAAUAGACAAAUAGACAGUUUUUCAGUUGAUUAAUAUAUUUUUAUUCUUAGUUUAUACAGUUUUUCAUUAUGUAAGCAAAAUAUAGUCUGAAAACUUCAUUGGAAUUCUUCUGAA